GAACCUUAACGCGGGACACGUGCGAGCGCGGGGCGUCGCGCGAGAAUGACACGGAACUGUCAUCGAAGGCCGCCCCGCGUGGAAACAGCUGGUGUGAUUCGCGAGGAAGCGUGACAGAGCACGUCUAGUUGUGUACGCCGGGCGGCGGACGACAUGGACAUCGCGCUGAAGCGUCGUGUUGUCACGUCGUAAGGGAAGAAAAAUCAUCAUCGUCGUCGUCGUCAUUUAAAUGACACGGCACGAUGACGCGCUCGAAGAUUCAGAAGAUGAAGUUUUUCGUAUUCCUGCUCAUCUUCCUGCUGGCACAGACGGCAAUCUGCGACGGAAGUUUCCGGGAGAAGAGAGACGUGGAUAAAGAGAAUAAGGUCAACAAGGAAACCAGUAAGAAUCUCGACGCGCGGAUUCAACAGAGCGCGACCGGGUCGUCCUCCGAGGCGAAGAAGCCGGCGACCGAUGGCAACAAGACACACGACAAUAUAACCUCAAAGCCGUCGCCGGACAUCAACGCGAAUAAAACGCACAUCGCGGACAACGAGACAUCCAGCGAGGACCAUGCGACCUUCAAUGCUGGUGCUCUCGUACGCGGUUUCUUGGUCUUUGUAGGACUAAGCAUCCUUGUCAUGGCCUACAUCGUGUUCCGUAGCUUUAGGUUAAGUAAAACGCGAGCCCAGCUAGUUCGAAAGUAUGGUGUCCUCACGCACAGGCAGGAUGUCGAGAUGCGACCGUUGCCAUUGGAGGAGGAAGAUGAUGAAGAUACAACUGUUUUCGAUGCGAGCAACGUCGUGACAAAUAGCAUUCAGCAUCAAAACGCGUAAAAGUUUUCGCGUAAAGAACUACACCAUUGUGCUAUUUUAUAUAUCAUACUGUGUAAUGUUGCUCUUGAGACACCACAACCUUAGUAAUAUUUGAAUAAUUCGUGAUCCGUUGAAGUAAGUACACAAGAGGAGGACUAUCAGAGUUCGGAGGCAGGUUUAAGACACUUUUCAGCAUUUUGAAUAAAAUAAAAUUUGCUUUGUGCAACAAGAUUAUUAUCAAAUACGCAUCUGUGAUGCACUUAUCAUUGACAUAUUAUGCUUGUCAGCAAUAGAUGUACUUUUCCUAACAAGAAAA